AAAUUGCUUGUAGCAAAUUAUAUUGAUUGGAUAGCUAUAGCUCCUUUUUGUGGAUUAUCCAUAAGCAACCUUUUGGGUUUUGAAAAAGCACUUUGUAAUUGUUUAGCCCCUGCUUGUGCUGUGAAUGUGUGCUAUCAUAUGGGGCUGUGCAUGAAUUAGUUGCUUGGCCUGUUUAUUAUGGACUGUUUUGUGUUGUCAGGUCAUUCAAGUCAUACAGUUUGGUUUCUGCUCACUGGAUGAUGAAAUGUUAUAGAAGAGCAUGGCUAGAGGAUAGAGACAAUGGAGGAGGACCCAGGAGAAGGCUGGGCUCCAUUCCUGGCCCUGUCUCUGGCCUUUUGGAUGGCGUUAGAGAAGUCCAUUCUGUUUGUUGCAAUGGCUGGGGAUACAAGAGCAGCAGCUGCCAGUCAGGCAAAAAGACUGAAGAACAGCAAAGAGGAGACAGAAAAUCAAGAGGAAAAUGGACACCAAGACAAAAAGUUCAAAGGAUGCCAAGAGGAUGUGGAGGAUCAGAAUAAAAAAUUUCCCAAAAGGAAGAUUGUUCUGUUGAUGGCGUAUUCUGGGAAAGGCUACCAUGGGAUGCAGCGAAAUGUGGGGUCCUUACAGUUCAAGACAAUAGAGGAUGAUCUAGUAUCUGCCCUCGUUCGGUCAGGGUGCAUCCCGGAAAAUCAUGGUGAAGAUAUGAAAAAAAUGUCCUUUCAGAGGUGUGCACGAACAGACAAGGGUGUGUCUGCUGCUGGACAGAUUGUGUCACUGAAGAUCUGGCUGAUAGACAACGUUUUAGAAAAGAUCAAUAACUAUCUUCCUGCUCAUAUCAGAAUUUUGGGACUGAAAAGAGUCACCGGCGGAUUCAGCUCCAAGAACAAAUGUGAUGCCAGAACCUACUUCUACAUGUUACCAACAUUUGCCUUUGCCCAUAAAGAUCAUGGUAUCCAAGAUGAAACUUACCAACUGAGCAAAGAGACACUUGAGAAAGUCAACAAGCUUCUUGCUUGCUACAAAGGGACCCAUAACUUCCACAACUUCACCUCUCAGAAGGCACCCAAAGAUCCCAGUGCCAAACGAUAUAUCAUGGAGAUGUAUUGCGAAGAGCCCUUUGUGAGGGAAGGCAUGGAAUUUGCAGUGAUAAAGGUGAAAGGACAGAGUUUUAUGAUGCACCAAAUAAGGAAGAUGAUCGGUUUGGUGAUAGCUGUGGUGAAAGGCUAUGCACCUGAGUCCAUCAUGGAGCGCAGCUGGGGAGAAGAAAAGGUGGAUGUUCCCAAAGCUCCAGGGCUUGGGCUGGUCUUGGAAAAGGUGCACUUUGAAAAGUACAAUAGACGCUUUGGAAAUGAUGGUUUACAUGAGCCACUGGAAUGGAAGGAGGAGGAGGAGAAAAUUGCUAUUUUCAAAGAGCAACAUAUCUAUCCCACUAUUAUAAACACAGAAAGGGAGGAGCAAUCUAUGAUGAGCUGGCUGAGCACCCUCUCCAUCCAUGACUUCAGUGCCACUUCUUCAGGUGUACAAGUUGAUGACAGAAAUUCAAAGAGUAACAGUCUUGAAGGCAGUGAUGAUUGUGGUGAUGAUUCUGACUGAGACAGUAAAUAGCAGGAGCUGGGAUCUUUGCUGCUUGUGAUUCAGUUUGAGUAGAACUAAGUGGCCUUUCUAAAUCAAGCAGUCCAACAAACCACAGCUUUUCUUGCAUGCUGAAAAUGAGUACUGUAAAAUGAGACAACCAAAAGGAAUGGGGGAAGGAUAAUGCAGCAAGGAUCCUGAAACUGCGUGUGCACACUAGUAGCUGAUGCAUUGGAAUAUGGUAUACUUGAAAAGGAAAACAAAAAUUAGGUUAUAAAGGAAUCUUGUGCAGGAAUGUUUUCAUUAUGUAAUUUGAAUUAUGUUUUUAUGACCAUAAGAGUGCUUAUAUGAGAGAUGUAGUUAUUUAAACAUGUGUAAUCUCUAAAAAAGGCAAGUGCAAAACAUUUUUAAAUUUUAUUUUUAUUUUAUAGAUUGAAGACCUUUAUGUACCAUUUUAAAAAUCUCUUUAGUUCAUAGAAUUUUUUCAUCUGUAGCUAUAAUGAUUUCCAAAUUGACAAAGACUUUUUCUUUUGCACAUACUAUCCAUGACUUUCACAUGAAAUGUGUAUGGGAUCAGAAAACUGUUUUUAUACAGGUGACCCUGCAUUCUCUGGCUAGAGAGAGACUUUCUUUGCCAUCUGUAAUCUUAAGAAAUUGUCCCUUUCAUGAAUGAGAUUUAACUUUGGAAAGUAGGCUGGUAUACAUGUGUCAGGAGACAUGUUGAUCCUUUUAUUUUAAAGGCAUUAUUAACAGCAGAUGUGUUCUUAUUAUUUGGAUAAUACGAGAACAUAGAUUUAUAGCUGGCAGUUUAUGCUGAGCAUCUUCAACCCGAGUAAUUGUUUCACAAACUCUUUAAUUAUAGUUUGUUAAACAUUUUUGAACAUGUGAAGUAUAAGCUCAAAGUACGAAGCCUUAGAGCGGAUCAUUAUUGCCUAUGGUAGAUCACUAGUUAUGUUGCUGUUAGAUUGGAAUCCUUUUCUUGCUAGAUUACGCUCUGCUACAUUUUGGCCUACAUAAAUGAAAUGUAAAGUUCAAAUUUUCUGUAGGCUUCAACCCAGCAUGCAUAAACUUUGCAUGUACAAAUCUUCAUUAUCCCUCUGCCAGCUGGGUGAUUGUAUAAUAAAUGUGGGAUAUGUAUGUCAAAUAGGUAUACAAACAUAUACAUGUGGUUUCAGAGGUUGUGGCUGAAAAUUUGGCCCAGGGUAUUUUCUGUGUUGGGUCUGUGUACAGAAAAGGAGGAAAGUAUGCCCCUAACCUUGAAACCAGUUAGAGGGGAGAGUAUGCAACACUGCUUAAGAGACAGCUGCUUUCAAUCUGAUGGCCUUUCUUCCUCCAUGAGUUAAGUUUUUGUUUUCUGUGUCUUAGGGCAUAUGAAGCUGCUAAAGAUUUUUUUUUUUAUCAGAAUUUGUUCUUAAUUCACCAUCUGUGGGAUCACCUUUGUUAGGGGUGGGAAAGAGGAGGAACAGUGGUGCAAACCUCCCAUAACCCUUCUACUUUUAAGGGCCCUGGAGCCAGCUGGUGCCUUAUGAAUGGGAUGCCUAAAGGCAUCUCCGCACUAUGGGAAUCCUAGCACAUAGCUAUGGUGACAUAACCCCAUAGUGUAGAUGCAGUGACAGAAGGGGUAGGAACAAUGUGGAGUCCUGUUGCACAGGUACGGACACUGUAGGUUGGUUGAGGGAAGCAUGUUUCUGUCAGUCAAUCUGUACCUACACCAGCAACCAGGUCAGCAGAGCUACAGUGCUCAGGAGAUAUCUGAUUUUCACACCCUUGCUCACCAUAGCUAUGUCAACCUGCAUGUUAAGCAAAGAUCAGGCCUAGGAGACAUGCUGAUUGAGCCCUUUCCAGCUAAACGUUGCCAUUUUGGCUUCAAAGGAGGCUCAGAGCUGUGUAAAUUAAAGCUUUCUUUCAGGGCAGUGGCCUCAGUGGAAGUGGAUGUAUUUUCCUACUGAACAAAGGUCCUGUAGGUUUGACACACAGACUACAGCACCUAUGGAUGUGAAUUAAAUCCCCAUUGAAUGUAAUGCUGUUUUGAAGGGCUGUCUUCUCAGUUCAGUUUUGUGAAGUGUAUUAAAUUGUUCCUGUCUAAGGCCUUAUGACUGAACUUAUAAUUCCUUUGGGACUCCAUUUCUGCAUGAGUAGUUUGUCCUUUUAUUUGUAUUAAAAAGUUACUGUGGAUAUUAUGCUCCUGUGUUUCUUAACAUUUUAAUUAGGAGUUUUAUUGUUAUCCCCAGAAGGUCUUGAACCAUAUUUUGUCUUGUAGGUAAAAGCAGAUUUGUGAGGUGUGUCUCUCAGUGUGCCUUCAGGAAAUGCAUUCUCCCCCCUAGAUUCUUGUACAACCCUCAAUAUUUGUACAACUUAUAUUAUCUUUAUGAUCUCUUCACUCUCAUAUUUUAUCAACUUCAAUCUGUGAGCAAAGUUGGGGUUAUUCUUAAUAAAAUAUCCAUAGGAAUAUUGCCAAUUCAAAUCAACUCGAUGGGAACUUUCAUUUGUAACCUUUUGAGAAAACUAAGAAACAUUCCCUAGAUCAUUAAAAUUGAACAUUUUAACCUUA